AUGAAAAUUCGACUCAAUCGAUCGAAAGGUUUAAAAUGGAAAAAACAUGGUGCGAGUAGUUCAAAUCCGACAACUAAGAAACAUCGUGAUAAUGUCAAAAAUCAGUUACUUGGUCAUGGUCAAAAUUCAACAGAUCAUUUAACGAAAGGUGCAUUAGAUGAACUUAUUGAAUCGAAUUUAUUUGAUUCUGAUGCAACGUCUCAAUCAACCUUUCAUUCAUGGGCAACAAGAUGGACAGAUUGUACAAAUGUAACAUUCAAUAAAUUAUAUCGAUAUUGGAAUAUGAAUUCAUCUUUGUAUAAAGAAACGCUUGCUGUUUUAGCCGCUGUAACAGAAGUUAUUCGUGACAAAACUGGACAAGAAUCGGAACUGGAAUAUUUUGCAGCAUUUAUGACCACAUUACAAACUGUAGAAAGUGAAGAAUCCUUAAGUGCUGUCCUUUAUCUCAUUUCAAUGGUCAUACGACGGAUAAAUAAAAAUAUUUUACAAGCAAAAUUCUCUGAAAUAGCCAACGCAUUUUCAACAAUUCUCCAGCAAUAUAUUAGCUCAUCUCAAACAACACUUUUAAGAUCGGCAUUAUUUUCAUUAUCUUGGGUAUGCAAAUUACAAGAUCGUUAUGUAUGGAAUGAAAUAUCGAAUCAAACAUUUUUUAAUACAUUAUUGAUUUAUAUAAUACAUCCAAAUGCAAAAGUACGAAAAGCAUGUCAUAAAGCCGUUUCAAUUGUCUUAUGUGCGUCCGAUAUCUGUUUAACAUCGGAUGAUCCACAUCCAAUGGCCGUUAUCACAGGAAAAUAUUGUUUACAAACAAUUGAAGAGAAAGGAGGAAUUGGUGAUUUACAAAAUACAUUGUAUGUAUUAAAUUUAUUGAAAUCUAUCAUUAGUGUAUUGCCAAAAACAUCCGUAAAAUCUAUCUGUGAAUGUUUAUUACGUUUAAUGACAUUGAAAAAUGUUUCAAUAUCAUCCACGUGUAUGAAUGUAUUUCAUAAUUUAUUUUCUGAUUGUCCGAAGAAAACUACGAUUACACCGGAUAUGAAUAGUCAAAUUAUUGCUGCACUCUUUGAAUAUCAACCUGGUGAAAAUGAUCAACAACAAAUAGUGCUUUGGUUAUCAGUAAUUGAACAAGCAUAUAUUCAUUUAAAUCGUUUUGAUCAAAAUUUAACAUUAUCACAUCUUCCAAAAUUAUUUACUAUUUGUAUGAAUUGUUUAUUGUCUUCUCACAAACAAGUGUAUGUUGCAUCAACAAAUGUUCUAAUGUCAAUGAUGAAACUUGUUUUAAAACCACAAUGUGAAUUGAUCCAUGAUGAAUACAAACGAUUAGGUUCAAACUCAUUAUUAUCAAAAUUAUUCGUCAUUAUCGAACAAGGUUUAACAUAUUCUUAUAGUAGUGUCUGGAAUUUUGUGUUGCAUUUGCUCAAAGAUAUGUUUGAUAUAAUUGGCAAAGAACAGUUUAAUUUAUGUAAAAAUUGUCUUGCAUCCUUGGCUGGUUUACGUUCGACCGAUGAUUUUUCAUUUAUGUCUGAAUUAGAUGCGACAGUUGGACGAUCUAUUCGAAUAUUUGGUCCAAAAUUAAUUCUCGAUGUUAUACCAUUAAACUUAACUGGUACAGAUGCUGAUACUAAACUGGAGCAAAGUUGGCUUUUGCCUUUGUUACGUGAUAAUAUUGUUCGUACAGAAUUAUCCCAUUUUGUUAACUAUUUUCUUCCUUUUGCAUUCAAAUUAAAAGCAUCCGCGGAGGCACUCAAAGUAAAGGGUGACAAUACAAAAAGUACAUUAUUAAACACUCUACAAGAUCAGAUUUGGUCCUUAUUUCCAGCUUAUUGUAAUCAUGCAACUGAUAUAUUAAUUAGUUUAAAAGCUAUAGCAAAAGGCAUUGGAACAUCGUUAACAAAUCGACCAGAUAUUCGUCUAUAUUUGCUAGCUGGAUUAAGAAAUUUGAUAUCGAAAUGUGAUAAUGAAAAUGAUCAAAUUGAAGUUGGAAAAUAUGCAAAAAAUUAUUUACCAUUAUUGUUUAAUAUUUAUACAAGUGAAAAAUGGAAAUUAUCUCGUGAUCCAGUUCGACAAAGUUUAUUUGAAACACUUAAACGUUAUUUAACAAUAACCAAUCAGACAUUGUGUCAAACAUUUUUUCAACGAUGUAUGGAAAAAUAUAAUGGUAAUGAUAUCGAGCAAUCAACGUUGACAUAUUUAUUAGAUAUUAUUUUUGUAUUAGUACCGUACAUUGAUACUGAACAAUUACAAUUAUUAGAAGAAAAAUUAAAACAAAUUCUUAUAACAUCUCAAAAUGAUCAAAAACAACAUCGUGGAAUAAUAAAGAAAUGUUAUAGAAUAUUAGAACAAUUAUGUUCAAGAAAAACUGAUAUAUUAAAACAAUUUAUUAAUGAAAAACGGUCACAAUUUUUACUUGAACAUUUAUUAGCAUCACUGCCAAAAUCCAAAUCAGUGUGGAAAGGCUUAGUUGGAAAAUGUGGUAAAUAG